AUGGUGCAGGCACCUAUGAUCAGCUGCCCUCUCAAGCAGACCUCUGAGAUCGACUGGGCAACACCAUUGAAGAACUAUAUCCGAACUACCUAUGGCGACGAUCCCGAAAAGUAUGCCGAAGAAGCCAAUACUUUGCACAGGUUGAGACAGGAUAUGAGGGGUGCGGGCGCAGACAGUGCAAGCGGCCGAGACUUAUUAUACCGAUACUACGGCCAGCUCGAGCUUCUAGAUCUACGGUUCCCCGUGGACGAGAAUCAUAUCAAGAUCUCUUUUACCUGGUACGAUGCUUUCACAAACCACCCGACUAGCCAGUACAGUCUCGCCUUUGAGAAGGCCUCUGUAAUAUUCAACAUCAGCGCUGUUCUAUCAUGUCACGCUGCUGCCCAAAACCGCUUCGAAGAUAAGGAUCUCAAGACCGCUUACCACUCUUUCCAAGCCUCCGCCGGCAUGUUUACCUACAUCAAUGAGAACUUCCUCCACGCUCCCUCCACCGAUUUGAGUAGAGAUAGUGUCAAGACGAUGAUCCAUAUCACACUGGCGCAAGCGCAGGAGAUUUUCCUUGAAAAACAAAUCCGAGAUGCAAAGAAGCCGGGCCUGCUCGCCAAACUAGCCGCACAAGCGCAUUUCCUAUUUAGCCAGGCGAAAGAAGACCUCGACACGGAACAGUCUCGUGGUGUAUUUAACUCCACAUGGCUUAAACUGGUCCAGAUCAAGGCUUUACAUCUGUCUUCUUUAGCCGAGUACUAUCAGGCUCUUACGGAUGAGGAUCAAAAUCAACAAGGCUCCGCCAUUGCUCGGCUUCAAUUGGCAGAGAAGUUCAGCAAACAGGCAUUGGCCCUUGCAAAAGCAUUCCCCUCUAGUCCGGCCCCAAAUUCAACACUUGGUUCAGACACUGCCUCGACUAUGCAGGACAUUACAAAGAGACAGAUGGAGACUGCCCAAGAAAAAUUGACGUCCCUCGCCAAAGACAACGAUUUCAUCUACCAUCAAACGGUUCCCGCAGAAGCUUCUUUAGCACCCGUGAGCAAAGUUGUUGCGGCUAAGGCCAUCCCUCUAUCCGAACUGUAUCAAGGUCAAGAUAUUCAAAGGAUCAUUGGACCAGACAUCUUCCAGAAAAUCGUACCCAUCUCUGUCACCGAAUCAGCUAGUAUGUACGAUGAAGAGAAGGCGAAAUUGAUACGAUCGGAAGCUGACAAGGUGGAGCAAGCAAAUGGUGAGAUGGCUGCAAGCCUUGACUACCUAAAGCUCCCCAACAGCUUGAAUGUGUUGAAGGGUGGAAUGGACCAAGAGAUGAGUGUUGACAAGGAAUUUGAGAGAUGGUGUCAAGAGCUUGUGGACCAUCAGCCAUUUAACAAUUCCUUCGAACAGCUCCAGAGGGACAAACAGAGCAUUGUGGAUAGUCUUGCUAAAAGCACUAAACAGCUCGACAUGGAGGAAAGCGUUUGUGAAAAGAUGAGGUCGAAAUACGGGCCGGAUUGGACACAGCAACCAAGUUCUAGGUUAACAUCAACACUACGAGCCGAUAUCAAAAGCUACCGAGAUACCGUCGAUGAAGCAGCAGCAAGCGACUCCCAGCUUUUUGCCACGGCGCGCCAAUACGAGGCUGAUUUUGACGGGAUGAGAGACGCGGCUGAAAAUGGUGAAAUUGACGUGUUUUACCAACAGGCUCUUAUCAAAGUCGGCUCCAGUUCAAAAAGCAAAGUCAAAGCUGAAGAAGGGUCACUUCUCGAUGAGGAUUACAGCGAAGGGGGUCCAUCCGUCGCAGAACAGAUUGCCAAAGUUGAGGAUCUUUUGAAACGACUGAAUCUCGUCAAGAGGGAGCGAACACAGGUUUUGAAGGAUCUCAAAGAGAAAGUGCAUACAGACGACAUUUCCAACGUGCUGAUAUUGAACAAGAAGGCAAUUGCCAACCAAGAAAACCAAUUGUUUCAGGCGGAACUAGAAAAGUUUCGAUCUCACCAGAACAGACUAAUCUCGACGGUCCAUAAGCAAUCUUCGUUAUUGAAAGAGCUGACGAGGUCCUAUGGUGACCUCCUACAAGACAAGCGUGUUCGAUCAGACCAGCAGCGAUACGAUGCCAUUCAGAAGGGGAGAAAUAGUGUAUUGAACCGGUAUAGGCGGGUCUAUAACGCCUACGAAGAUCUUACUCAGGGGCUUACGCGAGCUCAAGGCUUCUACACCGAAAUGAAAGAAAGUGUCGAUAGCUUGGAGAAGAAUGUGGACUCAUUCGUCAGUAACCGAAGAGCGGAGGGCGCACAGCUUCUGCACCAGAUCGAACAAACCAAGAACAGUGCGGCAGGAGGACAAGCUGCUGCAGAGCAGAAACGGAUGCAAGAGCUCAUGAACCGACUUUCCAUGGAACCGAAAUCGACAUCUCCUGCACAAGGGGAGCCUCCCACUUUACCGCCUCUGCCACCCAUCAUAGCCUCUCGAUCUCCGGCUCCGGCCUCACCUUCGUACCCCACCACCAAUGCCGAUCCCCGUUUCACCAUCCCACCCCGUCAUUCACCUGCUCCUGUUGUGCCGAAUGGGUAUUCGGGACAAUUACAAGCGCCUUCGCAACCGAAGAACCCUUCACCUAUUGAUGCUCAACACCCAUUUUCACAAGGGGCCGCAGCACCCUUGUCCACAAGCUACAAUCCCAUGGCAUAUCCCGAGCGGUCAAUAACAUCCCCGGGACAACAGUCCAACGCUCCACCCCCUCAACAACAUUACGGCUUUUCUCCGGUCACCUCUCCUCCACAAAACACACAAAACACAUACUUCUCCCAACAGCCACAGCCUCAACACCAUCCACCUACUUCGCACACUCCAUUGAAUUUCACCUCACCAAGCCACCAGUAUCCACAUCCUCAGUACAAUUUCCCACCUCAGCCUGGAGCUCCCGUGCCCUAUCAGUCACCGUCACCGCAUCCUCAGAUGCCACAAACUCAAAGCCAAUACCAAAACUACCCAGCACCAUAUAACAUCCCGCAGAAUUAUGUACCGCCUCCACCCCCUCCCGGUCCUCCAGGUGGCGGCUCAGCUACACAGUACCCUCCCAAUCAAUCUGGUGUCUGGGCAAGUGGACCAGGUGGCUACGCCAACUAUGCGCCGCCAAAUCGGUAUGGACAGCCUCCACCACCACCACAGCAGCAGCAGCAGCAGCAGCCACCUCCUGCGGGCCAGCAGCAGCAUCCCCCCGGAGCUGGGGAUCCAGAUCCUUGGGCUGGGCUGAGCGCAUGGAAAUAG